AUGAAGACAUCAAGUUUUAUUCUAUUCCUAGUUUACAGCUGCGUUAAUACAUCCAAAGGCAGUCAUGUCUUAGUUGUAUUUCCAGUGCCCGGCAAGAGUCACAGCAUCCUAGGGAACUCCAUCGUCAAUAUUCUUCUAGAUGCUGGUCAUCAGGUGACAUACGUGACUCCCUUUCCAUUGGAGACGAAUAAUACGAAGUUGAAAAAUGCAGACAUUAGUUCCAUUCUCUUCGACAUGUCCGAUAACGAGCGUUUGAACAUAGAGAAGAUGGCAGGAAACCAAAAGCCCAGCCACUGGAUCCUGCACGUGGGGAGUAUGUUCGCGGCAAAAGCGCUAAGACACUCCGCCGUCCAGGAAAUCCUAAACGAUCCCCGCAGUGCGUUUGACGUGGUGAUCGCCGAAUGGUUUUACUCCGGGCUUCUGGCACCGUUGGCAGCCGUUUACGAGUGCCCUCUUAUCUGGUACUCCUCUGGAGACGUGUCCUGGCAGUCGCUGCGUAUGGUGCACGAGGCCAGCAGCCCCGCUUAUAGCGUGGACUUGCAGUCGUCAGCAGCCCCCGCAGCGCCCUUCACCUCCGGCGAUAAAAUCCGCCAGCUCAUGCUGCAAGUGUACCUCAGCGGGUGGAUUUUCUACCUCACCAAUUAUGUAGAGAAGCCCGAGUACCGCAAAAUAUUCAGUGCACCGCUGCUACUGCGUGGGCGACCUGUGGCCGACUACGAAUCGAUAGCCUAUAACGCCUCCUUGCUGCUUAUAAAUUCCCACCCACCCCUCGGUCAGAAUGUGCCGCUGCCUCGCAGUGCCAAAUACAUCGGAGGCCACCACUUGAGCUCCACUCCAAGGCCCCUGCCACUGGAUUUGAAAAGACUACUUGAUGAAUCGACACAAGGAGUGGUCUACUUCAGCAUGGGUUCCAACUUGAAGGCCAGAGAUUUGCCAGAAUCAAUGAAACGUGAGCUUCUAACGAUGUUCGGAAUGUUGGAGCAAACCGUGCUGUGGAAAUUAGAAGAGGAUUUGGAAGACGUGCCCAGCAAUGUACAUAUAUUGGAAUGGGCGCCCCAAGAAAGCAUACUAACUCAUGAAAACCUCAUCCUCGUCAUAAGCCAUGGCGGUCUACUGACCAUCACGGAAGCUACCCAUCAUGGCGUGCCCAUGAUUGGCAUACCGAUAUACGGUGAUCAGUUCGUCAACGUGGACUUGGUGGUGCAAAGGGGCUGCGGAUUACGAGUUGACUAUUCAAACGACUUACCAAACAAAAUUCGGGAGGCCGUCGAUGAAAUAAUAAGCAACUCCAGCUAUCGCUUCAAUGCCAAAUCCGUGUCCUCCGUGUUCCGAAGGCGUCUGGCUUCUCCCCAGAAGGAACUGCUCCAUUGGGUGGAGCUGGUGAUAUAUACCCGCGGGGCUGAGUUCCUCAGAUCACCCGCGCUCAGUAUACCGACCCUACAAAGACUCCAUUUCGAUGUUCUCCUUUUGAUCGUAUCGCUUCUGUGGUUCUUGUCGAAGGUCGUGAACGUAAUAAAAGCGCAUUUCAACCAAGAAGACGGUGCAGAUGUAACGAAAAAGGAUGAC